UGUGUGUGUGUGAGUCCACAGAGAGAGACACAUGACCGUCUAAAAACAGAAUGAAGAGCUGCGCACACUAACACUGCUAGCUGCUCUGUGAUUGGCCGAUCGCUGUGACAUCCGCAACAUGGCCCACCUUUUCCUCGCCGGUAAGAUUUCCGCGCCGGACGACCUCCCACAAGGCGGCAGGACCCCGCGGAGCGUCGUCGUGACGACCCACGUCCCGCACGUCAACGAGGCGCAGCUGUCGGCGGCCGCCGGCGGCGCCGAGACCUCGUGCUCGCGGUGCACCGCGCCGUUCGGCGUGGUCGUGCUCAUCGCCGGCGUGGUGGUGACGGCAGUGGCGUACGCCUUCAACUCUCACGGCUCGGUGAUCUCGGUGCUGGGCCUGGCGCUGCUCGCCACCGGGCUGCUUCUGCUCGCCGCCAGUGCCUUCUGCUGGCGCCGGCGGAGCCGCGCCCACGGGAGAGACCGGCGCCGCGAGAGCCAGACCGCCCUCAUGGCGAGCCAGGGGUACUGCCGGGCCUGACCGCCAACGCAGAACACAGACUGUGAUGAAAUGGACCGGUGGUUCUGGGGUGUGUUUUUGAUGCCUUUCACACACAGACACACACAGACACAGACACAC